AUGAAGUUCUUCAUCUUUGCCUGCCUGGUGGCUGUUGCUCUGGCAAAGCAUGAAAUGAAGGACAAGUCCUACAGUGAGGAUUCUGCUAGCAGUUCAUCCAGUGAGGAAUCUUCUGAGGAAGUCAGUGAAAAAAUUGUACAGUCUGAGGAACAAAAGGUCAACCUAAACCAGCAGAAAAAAUUCAAGCAAUUUUCCCAGGAGUCUUUCUUUCCCCAAUUUUGCACACCUCUUCACCAGCAGCAGCAGACCAGUGUGAACCAGUGGCCCAAGUCCAACGCCAUCCAUAACAUGCCCACCCAGGUGAGUGCUGCGCUGCUGCUUUGGGAAAUCCUGAAGAAGAUCAUUGAUAUGAUUAAGUACAUCCCAUCUCAACAAGUCGCCAUCCCCCAAUUUCCCCAAGCUCUUCAUCCUCAAAUACCUGUGAGCUACUGGUACCCCAGUAAGGAUUACACCUUCCCAAAUGCUCACUAUAUGGAAGCAAUCAUUAGACAGGCUUCAUCGUAG